CGCCUUCGCUAAAUGACAUUUCUUUCCCCCACACCGCCGCCGCCGGGCUCGCCGGAUUCCGCCACAUCUGGCCGCCUACGUCCACCUCGAGCUGAAUCGCUGGUGAGUGACCCCACCCGUUUGCCAUGGCGUCGCUGGCUUCUCUCUCCCUCUCCAUCUACACUGCGACGGGGCGCGCAGGUCGUGCGGCGUUCGUCCAAGCGCCUCGACGGCGGCGUCUGGCGGUGGUGCGGGCCAAGGUUCGGGAAAUCUUCAUGCCGGCGCUGAGCUCGACGAUGACGGAGGGCAGGAUCGUCUCCUGGACGACCUCCGAGGGAGACCGCGUCUCCAAGGGCGACCCCGUGGUGGUCGUCGAGUCCGACAAGGCCGAUAUGGAUGUGGAGACCUUCCACGACGGCAUCAUCGCCGCCGUCCUCGUCCCUGCCGGCGGGACCGCCCCCGUUGGCGCCCCCAUCGCCCUCCUCGCCGAGUCCGAGGAGGAGGUCGCGGUCGCGCAGGCGCGUGCUCAAGUCCUAUCCAAAGCUCAGGGCCAAGAACCCUCUCCUCUCCAUGCCGCCCCCGAGGCUCCACCUACCCCAGCUCCUUCCCCGGUACCAAUGGCCGCGCGGACAAAGGGCAUCGCCACGCCUCAUGCCAAGAAGCUUGCGAAGCAGCACAGAGUGGACAUCUCCAAGGUUGUCGGCACCGGGCCAAACGGACGCAUCAUGGCGGCUGACGUCGAGUCAGUCGCUGGCAUCAAGCCAAAGGUCACUUCUCCUCCACCCCCUGUGGCACCUCCAGCGGCCGGCCCGGCAGCAGCGGGUGCUGUCCGGCAAGCAGCAGUGCUGCCUCCGGUGUCUGGUGGGACGGUUGUGCCAUUCACUUCGAUGCAAGCAGCUGUUAGCAGGAACAUGGUAGAGAGCUUGUCAGUGCCGACGUUUCGUGUCGGGUAUGCCAUGACGAUUGAUAAGCUCGAUGCACUCUAUGAAAAGGUUAAGUCGAAAGGGGUUACAAAGACAUUGUUGCUGGUGAAAGCUGCAGCCAUGGCACUCACUCACCACCCAGUUGUUAACGCCAGCUGCAGGGAUGGAAAGAGCUUCAGUUACAACAGUAGUAUCAACAUUGCUGUGGCGGUUGCAAUUGAGGGCGGCCUUCUCACACCGGUCUUGGAGGAUGUUGAUAAGUCGGAUAUAUAUCUGCUUGCGCAAAAGUGGAGAGGCUUGCUCAGGAAGACUCACAUGAAGCAGCUCCAACCAAAUGAAUACAACUCAGGGACGUUUUCCUUGUCCAAUCUGGGUAUGUUUGGGGUGGAUAGAUUUGAUGCCAUCCUUCCACCUGGGCAGGGGGCUAUCAUGGCUGUUGGAGCGUCAAGACCUACUGUUAUAGCUGACAAGGAUGGAUUCUUUAGUAUCAAGAACGAAAUGCUGAUCAACGUUACUGCUGAUCACAGGAUUAUAUAUGGUGCUGAUUUGGCAGCAUUUGUGCAAACAUUUGCAAAGAUUGUCGAAGACCCUGAGAGCUUAACGUUGUAACGAAAAGUUCUUCACAAGUGUUUCCUAUAAGUCCAUGAUUUAUCUGAUUCCGAUUGGAACUUGGUACUAAUAAUGGCAAGGAGAGCUGCUAAGGGGUCGAAAAAUGUAGAGUAGGCACAGAGAACUCUGUUUAUAGUUUAUACACACUUCAAAAAUGUACAUUCUCAUGAUGAAUUUCCAUGUUUUCUUUUUUCA